AUGAACGACAUCAACGAUUCUUCAUCGACUACGGCGGAGCCGCUCGUCAUGUUGUUACAGCAACAACCGCAGCAAAUGCAGCAGUUCAGCACGGUUCUGACUUUACUACAGCAACAAAUGGCCGACCAUCGAACGAACACUCCUCGACAGCCAUCGACGGUAAUCGCGUCGUCCGCCAUGGAUUCAGUGCUCAAGAAUACCAUCACUACCUUUUCGUAUGCGCCAGAUGAGGAUAUCACAUUCGCAGCAUGGUAUAAACGCUAUGAAGAUAUCUUCAAGCUACUCAACAAAAUCGACUCAGACAAUCAAGUAACGCUAAAUAGUCUCAUCGCACACUACCGCCAUCUCGUCACGCUCAAACGCGACACCAAAACGGUUGAACACUCCAGUGGUUUACAUGCAACUGUUAACAAAACAAAACUACGUCAUAAACCACGAUCAGCACAAAUAAACCACCCAUCAAAACCAACGAGACCAAAGGACUGUUCAACAAAGAAUAUUCCUGAAAGUCCAUGUUGGCAAUGUGGAGGUGUUCACUACGUAAAGGAUUGUUCAUACAAUCAACACAAAUGCACAACAUGCGGAAUAGUUGGCCACAAGGAAGGCUACUGCAAUUUCAAUCGGAAGCAUAAUCAACGCAGUCGCCAUAUCGCUCGUCCGGCGUUCACUGCAUCUUCACAUCACAAGACACUCAUCAACGACGCCGAUAUACCACUAUUCAAUUAG